GCUGGGCGGGGCGCGCGACUGCACCAGGCGGCGAUGGCGGCGGACGGGGACUGGCAGGAUUUCUAUGAGUUCCAGGAGCCGGCCCUGAGCCUCCAGGACCAGGAGAACUGUAACGCGAGCCCCGAGGCCGAAGCAGGGCCGGGUGGGGGAGGCGACGGCUUCCCAGCGCUGGCCUGCAGCUUGGAGGAAAAGCUGAGCCUGUGUUUCCGUCCCUCGGGUCCGGGUGCCGAGCCCCCUAGGGCGGCCGUGCGGCCCAUCACCGAGUGCAGCCUCCUGCAGGGGGACGAGAUUUGGAAUGCCCUGACAGAUAAUUACGGAAAUGUAAUGCCUGUAGACUGGAAGUCAUCCCAUACUAGGACCUUGCAUUUGCUUACUCUGAACCUCUCAGAAAAAAGGACGAGUGACAGCUUGCUCUUUGAUACCUCAGACGAUGAGGAGCUGAGAGAACAGCUGGAUAUGCAUUCAAUCAUCGUCUCCUGUGUGAACGACGAGCCCCUCUUCACGGCAGACCAGGUGAUUGAAGAAAUCGAAGAAAUGAUGCAGGAGUCACCAGACCCAGAAGAUGAUGAAACACCCACCCAGUCGGAUCGGCUUUCAAUGCUUUCCCAGGAAAUUCAAACUCUUAAGAGGUCUAGUACAAGCAGUUAUGAAGAGAGAGUGAAAAGGCUGUCCGUAUCUGAAUUAAAUGAACUGCUGGAAGAAAUUGAGACGGCCAUCAAGGAGUACUCUGAAGAGCUGGUGCAGCAGCUGGCCCUGCGAGAUGAACUGGAGUUUGAAAAGGAAGUGAAGAACAGCUUUAUUUCAGUUCUCAUUGAAGUGCAGAACAAACAGAAAGAGCACAAAGAAACAGCCAAAAAGAAAAAGAAACUCAAGAAUAGCAGCUCUCAGAAUGGGAAGAACGAGAGAAGUCACCUGCCCGGCACACGCUUCAGCAUGGAAGGGAUCUCAAGUGUCAUUCAGAAUGGCCUCCGCCACACCUUUGGAAAUUCAGGUGGAGAGAAACAGUACUUGACAACAGUCAUUCCUUAUGAGAAAAAAAAUGGACCACCAUCUAUUGAAGAUCUUCAAAUAUUAACAAAAAUUCUUCGUGCCAUGAAAGAGGAUAGUGAAAAAGUUCCGAGUUUGUUAACUGAUUAUAUACUGAAAGUUCUGUGUCCUACGUAGGGCAGCAUAACUUCGGGAACAGCUUUAUCUUCUGUGGACAGCAAACUAAAUUGCUUACAGCAUUAUUCUGAAAGCUGGCUACCAUUACCUUCCUGCUAUGGGAAACUCAGGACACCAGAACUUGGGUUUGUGAUUCAGUAUUACUAGAUCAUGCCUUCUCUAAUGCUUUAUAUUAUGAACCGAGGGAACUUAUGGCACUAUUUUGAAUUCUAGAGAUGGUUUUUUGGUUAAAUACUAACAAUUAUGAACUCUUCUCUUUUCCAGCUUUAUAGAGUAAGGGGGAGUGAUGUUAAUUGUGCACGUGCAGUUAUAUUUUUCAUGCCUGUUUGAGUUUUUAAGCCUUUCUAGAUCUAAACUGCACUCACUCAAGAACUAGAUCAAAGCACUGAGAGAUUUAUACUCGUUAUUUUUCAGCGCUGGCAAGAACCAACGCUGAUUUUUUUGUAAGAGGAUUGUCAGUGUAAAUAUUACCUACCAGUAUUGUCCAGAGGGACUAAGACUUAAAAAUUGAGGUGUUCUUGGAAGAAGGGAAACCAGAACAUGCGUUGUCUUGGCUUAAUACUUAGUCAAUAUCGACAGCCGGAGAGGACUGAUUUUAGAGGUUGCUGCGUUUCACCAUUGUUCAUAUUUUAACCAUUAAGAUGCCAUUUACUUUCAGAAUCUUGUAUUGUUUAACUUUAGAGGUUUCAAUGCUUCAUUUCACUUGUCUGUGAAGAAGUGUCCUUUCAAAGGAGUGUGUAUUCUUUAAGGUGCUUAAGAAACUGUAUGCUGCAGCAUUGCCCAUUUCCUGUUACUGUUAUAUUUUAUUCAUGCCUAUGUGUUUUCCUAAAGUACUAAUUCUAGAAACAGCUACUCAUGGAUCCAUCACUAGUCAUGAAAAACUUUUGCCAGUUCCAAUCAAGUCAAUGUCAUUUAAUAAAUGUUGGGAAAAAAAAAAAGGUAAUAUACACUUGAGAGCUUUAUUUUUGAGUUUUUGGUUUUUUGAUUUUUUUUCUUCCCUUAACAGUGAUGGACUCCUCCCCUCACUGUUCACACAUUGUCCAUCAUUACAGCGUGUGAGCUGGUGAAAUCUUGAUUAGCCUCAUGAUGCUAAGGAGGGGAGAGAGGGACUUUUUUCAGAUCGUGCUAAGCUGCUGUGGAAUGAUGGAAGUCCUGUUCUUUUUCUGGGUCCGUGAGACAUUCCUAACAGCCAUGGCAGCUUCUUCCCACUGACAACGUGAGUGUAAGUAGAGUCUGUAUGGGACCUGCUGUCGGGCUUUUAAAAUUCCACCUGGACAGCUGUGAAUAUACAGAGCUACCCGUGUUCUUCAGUCUGCUCAGUAAAUGGGACGGCAGGACUGUAACGGCAGUAGCUCAGUUUGGAGUUGAUGCCAGCAUGGCACUUAAGCCGUUC